AUGGCGGCGGCGCACGACCUGUCUCAGUGGCCGGGAACCCCAAAGCCCUGUUGCGGCACCAGCACGUUACCAUGGCGGAUGGGACACACGCCGCCGCCGAGUGGUCAUGACGGCUGGACGCAGGACCUUGAGCUUGGAAACAACAACAACCACCUCGAUUACCGAACACGAAUGAAGUACUCCGUACUGUACCUACGAAUUGCAAUGGGCUGCAAGGGCCCUGCAGCCGCGCGCGGGCCCUGCCCUCAUGCCAUCCAUGCCUCGCAGGCUGGAGGGGCGGUGGCCACCGCUCUCACCACCCAACCGCCGUGCCGCGCCCGCCCACCCCGAGACGCCGCCGCCGCCGCCGCUUUUCCGGGCCAAGAGCCCUGCAUCCCCACCGGUUGCACCGACCCGGCGCCCCAUCAGCUCGCCAUGCCAGCAAUUGGACGACCUGGGGCCCAUACCUUUGGUAGUGUCCAUCCAAGCCGUGCGUUUGAUCCAUCACUCCGUCCAGCUCCACCAGCCCCGGGCCAUCUGACGUCGCCUGCCGCGCGCACUCUGCUCUGUGCCACCCGCAGCUAG